AUGGGAAGCCCAAAGAAAGUGUCACCAUCAACAAGCAGCCCACGGAGAAACCCAAGAACACUCUAUGAUCUCUUUGAGCAGGAGAAUCCUCACUUCACCGUCCCAUCUUCUUCUCCCACUUCAGGAUAUGAAGAACUUUUCUCCACUAUUUCUUAUUGCACCUUUGUUUUCACCUUCACUGACCCUUCAGAAUCUCCUGCACAAAGAGACUCCAAGAGGCUUCAACUCACAAGACUCGUCACGAUAUUGAAGUCUUCCAAGAAGCCAGUGAAUGAAAAAUUUUUGGGGGCUCUAGUGGCCAUGAUCUCGGCCAACCUCUUCAGGCCACUCCCUCCACCUUCCAACCCUUCUGCCAUCACAGACUUGCCUGAAGAAGAAGACCCCAUCUCCAUAUUUUCACCGGUCUGGUCACAUCUACAAAUAGUUUAUGAGAUACUUCUCAAGCUUGUUAACAGCACAGACCAAAGGAUACUGAGAGAGUGCAUAGAUCAUUCUUUCCUCCGCAACCUGCUAGCACUUUUUCAAUCAGAAGAUCCAAGGGAGCGUGAGAGUUUGAAAAAUGUGUACCACAAGAUAUAUUCCAAGUUCAUUUCUGAUCGUUCCUUCAUGAGGAAAUCAAUGACCGAGGUGCUGUUGAACUACAUGUUUCAGACAGAAAAGCAUACGGGUAUUGCAGACUUGCUUGAGAUAUGGGGAACCAUAAUCAAUGGCUUUACCGUGCCACUCAAGGAAGAGCACAAACUGUUCCUAAUGAGAGUGCUCAUUCCUCUACACAAGACCAAGGGGAUGCAAGUGUACUGUAGGCAAUUGGCUUAUUGCGUGUCACAGUUUGUGCAGAAGGAGCCUAUGCUUGGAGGGGUUGUUGUUAGAGGGAUUUUGAGAUACUGGCCUGUCACAAACUGUCAAAAGGAAAUCUUGCUAAUUGGGGAGUUGGAAGAUCUGGUUGAGAAUUUAGACCCUGACCAGUAUCGUAAGUUGGCCUUGCCCUUGUGUACCCAGAUUACCAAAUGCAUCAAUAGUUGGAAUUCGCAGGUAGCGGAGCGUGCGCUCUAUGUGUGGAACAAUGAGCAGUUCGUGAAAAUGGCACUGAUAGGAACAGUAGAAGUGUUUACUGUGAUUGUAGAAGGCAUGGAAAAGAACCUGAAGUGGCAUUGGAGCAAGAGCGUUAGGCAGCUAACAGAAUGUGUGAAGGUGAUGCUGGAAGAAAUGGAUCCAGAUCUGUAUUCAAAGGGUCUCAUGGACAUGGAAGCCAAAGAGUCAAUGGCACAUCAAGAAGACAUCAAAAGAAAAAAGAGAUGGGAAAGAAUAGAAUUUGAAGCUGAAAAGAAUCAGUUUCUCAACCCACGACGUUAUAUACGUGUCUCCUACUGA